UUAGGCUAUCUCCCCCGUUUAUAGACGAGGAAGCGAAACCCUUGCGAUAAAGAUGAGCCAAUGAAAGGAGAAGUUUCUCCCCAAAUAGGGAUGCGGAACUCCGAGCGGAGUAGAUGAUUAAAAGAGAACGAGCACGUCAUUUGUCAGGCUGGCGAUCCCGUCGUUGAUAUAAGAAUCCACGACCCCACGACCUUGAUGGCCGGCCCAACUUCAUCUGUAACCACUUAUGCAAGUGUUUAUUAAUCCUACCCACCCUCUUUCAUUCUUAUUUCAAGAAGUCUUAGUUUAAGAUGCCUACUGCGAUAGUCACGGGAGCUAACUCUGGCAUUGGCUAUGCUUUUGCUGAGGUUCUUAUCAGAGAGGACUAUGAUGUCACAGCUGUAGAUAUCAACGUCGGCGACGGGCUAAAGGCACCCCGAUGCAAGACGGCGCAGUUAGAUGUUACGUCCCUGGAUUCAAUUUCUGCAUUUGUAUCGUGGUUCGGCGAUGGGCCAUUGGAUUUACUUCUUAACAUCGCCGGGGUAAUGGCACCUCCCGCGGAUGAUGCACUGGGCACUGUUACUCUGCCUAUCUUAACUAAGACCUUCAACGUGAAUACCUUUGGCCCGCUCCUAUUAACUCAGGCUCUCCUCCCCAACCUCCUGAAGUCAGACUCACCGAAAUUGGCCGUUAUGUCUAGUCGUGUGGGGAGUAUCGCGGAUAACAGCUCCGGCGGGUCGUAUGCGUACCGCGCUAGCAAGUCUGCGGUGAAUAGCGUGUUCAAGAAUCUGGCGGUGGAGUUAAAGGAUAAAGGGGUUACGGUGGUGAUUCUGCAUCCUGGAUUUGUGAUUACGCCGUUGUUGCCGAAGGGGGGUGAGACGAAUCCGGAGGCGGUGCUGCCGGAGGAGGCUGCGGGGAAGUUGUUUAAGGUGCUUGAGAGUAAGGGGUUAGAGGAGACGGGACGGUUUUGGCAUAGGGAGGGGUAUGAGUUGGAGUGGUAGGUAGGAGGAUGAAGGGGGUUUGGAUUACGACUUAUGAGGAAAAACUUAGUGAUUCGCUUGAUUUGGUCAAUGAGAUGGAUUUCUAUUACCAUCU